CUUGGGCUACACAGACCUGAGCCAAGGGGCUGAAGAAGGACAGGACGCCCUUAGUCUCAGUAGUCCUGCAGAGCCUCCAGAUGGCCGAAUUGGACCUGAUUGCUCCGGGGCCACUGACCGGGGUCCCUGUUCACCCUUUGGGCCCUCUCCACCCAGACCCUGGGCCAGCUAUCCCAGUAGAAGAGGAUGUGGACUCUCUCGGGAAGCAAGGGGAGGAAACCCAGGGACAGGGUCUCGACCCGGCGAAUCUCCGUGCCCCCGGUGAGGAAGGCGAGGAGAUCCUAUGCGACUUCUGCCUUGGGGCCAGCAGAGUCAGGGCAGUGAAGUCCUGCCUGACCUGCAUGGUGAAUUACUGUGAGGAGCAUCUGCGGCCACACCAGGAGAACAGCAAGCUGCACAGCCACCAGCUGACGGAGCCCGCCAGGGACCAGGAUCUGCGCACCUGCCCUGCCCACCACAGCCCUCUGACUGCCUUCUGCAACACGCACCAGCAGUGCAUCUGCCAGCAAUGCGGCGAGGGUGAGCACAGGGGUCAUGACACCGUCUCCCUGGAUGCAGCCCGCAGACGCAGGGAGGCUGACCUUCGGUGCAUGCAGCUGGACCUGGAGCAGAAACUCAAGCUGAAUGAAAACGCCAUUGCCAGGCUCCAAGCCAACCAUAAGUCUGUUUUGGUGUCGGUGUCAGAGGUGAAGGUGGUGGCUGAAGAGAAGUUUGGGGAACUGCUCGCAGCCGUGAGGAAGGCCCAGGCUGACGUGAUGCUCUUCUUAGAGGAGAAGGAACAGGCUGCACUGAAUCAGGUCAAUGGCAUCAAGACCCACCUGGAGUACAGGAGCAUCGAGAUGGAGAAAAGCAAGCAGGAGCUGGAGAAGUUGGCUGCCAUCAGCAACACCGUGCUCUUCCUGGAGGAGUACUGCAAGUUUAAGGAGACGGAGGACGCUGCCUUCCCCAGCGUUUACAUAGGGCUGAAGGAUAAACUCUCAGGCAUCCGCAAGGUCCUCACAGACUCAACUCUGCACUUGAUCCAGUUGCUGGAAAGCUACAAGGAAAAGCUCCAGGAGUUCGCCAGGGAAGAGGAAUGCGACAUCAGAACUCAGGUGUCCGCCAUUGUCCAGCGCAAGUACAGAACCUCAAAACCCGAGCCCCGAACCCGGGAUGAGUUUCUCCAAUAUGCAUGUGACAUCACAUUUGACCCAGACACAGUGCACAGGUACCUUCGCCUGCAGGAGGACAACCGCAAGGUCACCAACACCACGCCCUGGGAGCACCCCUACCCGGACCUCCCUGGCAGGUUUCUGCACUGGCGGCAGGUGCUGUCCCAACAGAGCCUGUACCUGCACAGGUACUAUUUUGAGGUGGAGAUCUCUGGAGGAGGCACCUAUGUUGGCCUGACCUGCAAAGGCAUUGACCGGAAGGGAGAGGAACGAAACAGCUGCAUUUCUGGAAACAGCUUCUCCUGGAGCCUUCAUUGGAACGGGAAGGAGUUCACAGCCUGGCACAGCGACACAGAGACCCCGCUCAAGGCUGGCCCUUUCCGGAGGCUCGGGAUCUACGUAAGCUUCCCAGGAGGAGCCCUUUCCUUUUAUGGGGUAGAGUAUGACGCUAUGACUCUGAUUCACAAGUUUGACUGCAAGUUCUCAGAGCCCGUCUAUGCCGCCUUCUGGCUGUCUAAGAAAGAAAACGCCAUCCGGAUUGUGGAUCUGGGAGAGGAGCCGGAGAAGCCAGCUGGGUCCUCAGCAGAGGCUGCUCCCUAGAUUUUAGGACCUGCCUCCUUGACUCUGCUAACUGACACAACUGGGCAGCAGCUGGCAUUUUAAGGUGGACAGAAAUAUCUGUUGAUGGUAGUUGGCUUCAGAAAUUGCAUGGAGCCUGAACAAACUUUCCUGCCCGCUUCUCAGCACGGCUCUUGCAUGAAUGCAGAACCUCUAAGGCACCAAAGCCUCUCCCCAGAUCUCCUAGUGAUGGCCUCUUGUCUGCUCAGACGAUUAUCAUCACCCUUCACCCAGAAUUUAUGACCAGGGCCCGUCAGAGCAUGACACAGGGGUCAUAAGAAAGGACAAACACAUCACCAUGAGUGUCUUAUGCACCGGCCAGUGUGUGGCGUACGUUCUCUGGGUUAGUUCACGCCAUCUUCACAGAGUAAAUGUCUACGUUGUCCUCACGUUACGCAUUAAGGGACGGUGGCCAGGGUAGCUGGCUAACUUGUCACUUAGGGAAUGCGGGGCAGAGCUGGGAUUCAGGGCUAGGUAGACUGUUGGUGAACUGUGACUAUGCGUUCUGCUUACCUCAUUGUGUCAUGAAUGUUAUGCGUAAGGAGUAAACCACAGGCCGAACCACACAGCCGACAGUGUCUUCAGCAUCCCUCUUCGAGGUGCUCAUCUUCCAGGGUGUGCCAGGCCAAACCUGGUCAUCCAGCCUUGCACCGUGAGAGCCCUCAUCCCUCACACAGCAGCCGUCUUGAACAGUGGGGUGUAGAGUGACCGUUUUAGGGAGGCCCUUUAGGGAGGAGUAUCCGUCCUCUCUUCUAAAGAUACCAGACUCCACGGACGUGUAUGUCUUCUCGUGCAAAGGGAUAGUUCUUCAAGUGUUUGGGGGACAGUGCUCACCUCUCCUCGGAGCUACACCCGUGUUUGUGCUAAGUUGAUACUUUCAGCCAUGACUUCCAUUUUCCCCCGACACCCCAGUGAUUACUUCAUUCUUCUUUAAACAAAUGAGAAGCGUCCAUCAAGCCUUUAUGCACACCACCUUAAAAUGGAUUGCUAUUGACUAGCCUGACAUCCCAGGUGGGAUUUACCAGAAAUAUUACUUCCGUGUCUUUUCCUGUGACCCGUGCCAAGGCAACUCUUCCCGCUUAACCAGCCUGGGGAUCCUGUCUCAACAGCGUAUCACUUUAGAGUUACUUGCCUUGACUCUAAGCCUCUGCACCUUUGUGUCUAAGGACAUGGGCAGUGUGGCACUUAAAUGCUUUUACUUCCCUUCCUCAUAUCACUGCUGUGCACUGAGAUACUUUCGUGAUCGUUCAUCUAGUACAGUACCUCUCUUUAUAGCAGAAAGAGAUUCCUUGCAGAAUCAAUGGCCUUCUCUCAGGUCAGAACCUCACUGGUAGAUAUACUGACUAUGACCAGGCCAAAGGUACACACUGCACACUAGCUACUCGCUGGAGAACUAUUCAGUGGCGGGGUUCCCUGUUCGCCUCUUUGCCUCCCUCUCCCACCAAACACAAUCAAAGACCUUUUCUGUUCUUAUCGUCUUUUCUUUUCAUUUGAGACAGGGCCUCACUAUGUAGCCUAAGCUGGCUCGGAAUGCACAAUGCAUCCUUGGCUGGCCUUAGAUUCACAGUCUUCUCUUCUUAGCCUUCCAAGUGUUCAGGUGAGAAGUAUGAGUUACCAGUGCAGUGCUCGGCUCAGUGAAGGAUCUUUUCAGUAACAGAAAUCAACGUCUGAAUUUCUCAGGCCUAGCUGUUGAAGGAUACUCUUCAGAAGAGAAAAAUCAUAUCAUCUUGGCUUGCCCUUCUUUUUUUUUUUUUGAAUUUUACUUUUAAUUGACAUACAAUAAUUGUGUAUACUUAUGGAAUUCAGCAUAGUUUUUCAAUACAUGAAUGUAGCAUAUAAUAACCAAACAAGAGCAAUUAACAUUUCUAUCAUCCAAAUAUUUAUUUGUUGUAAGAACAAAUCCUGUCUUCCAACUGUUUUGAAAUAAACCUGCCUGUUUUUUAUAAUUGUUGCUGGUAGUUGCCAUUUUAAUCACC